AUGAUUUAUCUGAAAUCCAUGUUGAAAGUCAUUGACAAUUCCGGCGCCCAACUCGCAGAAUGCAUCAAAAUAUUAAGAAAAGGGUCUCCAAAGACGGCAGGACUAAUUGGAGAUAGAAUUGUCUGUGUCAUACAGAAGGCUAAACCUUUGACUCAGAAUGUUACAGGGACAUCAAACACUAAUAGAGUUAAGAAAGGUGACAUUGUUCAUGCCGUUAUCGUAAGGACAAAACAGAAAAAUAUGGCAAGAACUGAUGGUUCAGCUGUAGCUUUUGGGGAUAAUGCAUGUGUUCUUAUAAAUAAGAAUACAGGAGAACCUUUAGGAACAAGAAUUAUGAAUAAUGAUGGAUUAGUAGGUAAAGAACUGAGGGAGAAAGGAUAUAAUAGAAUUUGUUCUUUAGCAAGCAGAGUGAUUUGA